GAACAAAGGCCGUGAGGCCAUGGUAUAUCCAAGGUGAGUGAAACACAUCAGCUUUGAACGAAGUAACCCCAGGAAGUCGGCGUCAGCUGCUGCUCACAGUUUGCCGUGUCGUGCGGGGCGGUCCGCGGCCGGUCGAGGGAGGACUAUGUCCGCUGGAGGAACUGGUUGUUGCAGACGCCGCUUCCCGAUGACUUGUCCGGGAGGGUGCUUAGGUAACUGUGGCAUAGUGAGUUUCUUAUCGAAUUCCUCCCUGAUGCUGAAUGGCGUGCUGAUAAUGACCUGUAAUGGUGAUUUUGUCAUCUACGGCAAAGAGGCUGUCUUUUGUCCGUCAGCGGCCGGGUGCUACUGCAACCUGUACGGGCUGUGCAACUUGACAUGCAGUGAGAUUGGCUGCCGAGGCCAAUAUGACUUGCCCAAGUAUUCGACUCUGCCGAGGAGUGGCCAAAAGUCGGUUGGUCUAGGGAGGAGGGGAAUUCCACUCGUCCAGACUGAGCCGUCACGACGCUCUGGUUUGCUUGUUUCCAAGGUACUUUCUCGGUGGCCAGGGCCAGCCUGGGCCUCAUCGGCAGCUCGUCCUGCCGCUUAUUCCCCGUACGAAUGAUCUGCCCUCGGAGAGAAGCCGGAGAACGGUAGAAGCCCCGAACGAUUAUACAUUCCCAAUAAAGUGGCAUCCAAGCUGACCAAGACUCCUUUUUGCAGGUAUUCGGUCCAGCCCAUGUAGACUCCCAGGCCUAUCCAGUGCCCGAGAUUGGGCGACUGCCAUGGAUAUUUGACGAGCGCUCAAGGAAGGCUCGUCAAGUAAGAACCCUGCGUUGAGACUCUGAUUGAGUCUUGUGGUGUCCCGCUCGAUGCUCGGGGUAGGCUGUGAUUUGCGUGGCUUCUCAAAGCCAUGAUGGGAGAGGACAAACGCAAAUGGUCCGCAAAGAAGGUCGUUGCUGGAAGAGCACGUUAUCUGGUAAUGCCGCGGUAGAACCGGGUAUUUCAUGAGCUGGCGACAAUUGCAAGAUUUCGGCAUUCAAUGUACAACCCCUUUUCGACAGAAUUGAAACCCAUCACCAAGAGGACAUUUGUACGGGGGUAUCUGGCCAGCUUCAAUGCCU